CGAUAAUCCAAACUAAACUUAGUUUGUUUUCAUUAGUUUUUAUUUUGGCGCAACGGACUGCAAUGAGUGUUGAAAUAAAAGUUGCAUUAUUUGCCCCUCGUGAACACAAGGAUUAUAAUGCAUCUAGUAGUUUAGGGGCAGUGAGUUUGGCUUUAGAAGACAUACGGGCGAAUGAAUCAUUACUUGCUGGUCACAACCUUACAGUCGAGUGGUACAAUUGUCACUGUAACAACAAGAUGGCCGCUGGAACAGCUGUAGAACUUUACAUUAAUAGAACAGUGGACGUCUUCCUCGGACCCCCUUGCUCUGAAGCCAUGGAACCAGUUGCACUUUUGGCAUCUUAUUGGAAUAUUCCCGUAUUUGGAUGGAUCUCCAGUGACAGAGGACUGAGCGAUAAAAGCCUCUAUUCAACUCUGGUUCGCUCACUUGGGCCAUUGGAUAAAUUAGGUGAUAUCAUUGGCGCAAUAGUUCAAUACUACAACUGGACAACCGCUGUCAUGGUAACCGAAGAAACAGACGAUCUUUUGCAAAUCGAGAAUGCCAUAAAACGAGAGUUCCGCACGCUUGGAAUACGCCUAACGACACUGCAAAUCAAACCCAAUGAAACUACAGACGAAAAUAUAGAAACUGUCCUGAGAAGUGUUCAAAGUCUUGGAAGAAUUGUUAUAAUGGCCAUAGAGAUACUGAAGAUUAGGCAGUUUAUGUUGGUGGCAUACGAUCUUGGGAUGACAUCCAAUGAGUACGUUUAUUGGACGCUGGAACAGGUACCUACUGAUGUUUGGCUCUAUGGUAACGAGUCUUGGAUAGGUGACGAUGGAAGAGACAGUGAAGCAAGGGAAGCUAUGGAGUCCGUGUUUCAUUUGUCAAUUGCAGAUGGUGUUUUGGAAGAUUAUAACGAUAGACAGUAUAAACGAUUUCUUAAUGAAUCUUAUGUCGCUGGUCAGAGAUCUAAAUGGAAGGAAUCUGUAGAAAUAGUAAAGGGUGAUGUGUAUACCCCAUUUUUGUACGAUGCCCUGUACAUCUAUGCAACAGUUGCUGACGAACUUAUCAGCAACUCGGAUGACCACAGAAACGGACGCCUUGUGUUUGAUACCGUUUCAGGCAGAGAAUUCAAAGGAAAAAGUGGCACAGCUAUGAUAGAUUACUAUGGCGACAGGGAACCAAGUUAUUGGAUUUUGGAUCAAAACGAGGCUGGAUUCUUCCACAUAUCGGGUGUUAUUAAGCCAAUCUUAGGAAAUAACUCCAUUUCGUGGGAAUACAUACACGUGAAUGAACCUAGGUGGGCAGGAGGUCGGGUAGGGUACAAUUCAGCCCCUCCCGAUACACCUCGGUGUGGUUUUGAUGGUAAACACUGCCCUGGACGAGAUGACCUACUAAUGUCUGUCAUUGCGCCUGUUAUCGCUGGUCUUCUUUUAAUUACAAUUAUCUUCAUGGCACUCAUAGUCAUAAGGCGCAGAAUGUUUGAGCAGAGGUUAGCCAGUAUGUCAUGGAAGGUGAAUUAUGAUGAUAUUGACUUCAGUCUUCGAAGACGACCGGGACACUUGAAAUUCGGGAGUAGUUUGGGAACAAAUUUAGGUGGUUCACAAAGGAAACUUUCGAACAGUAUGUCAUUGUCCAAUGCAAAGACAUUUGGUGGCAGUAUCUCAUCAAUGCAGCAGCUUUUCACACAUAUUGGAAGGUACAAAGGUUUAACUGUAGCUGUUCGUACAGUUAGAAAAGACAGCAUAAAGAUCACCAGGGAUAUUCUUCUUGAAAUGAACCAAAUGAAGGAAGUAACCCACAAUAACGUCAAUACCUUCAUAGGGGCGUGUACUACAAGCCCCAACAUAUGCGUUCUAUGGCAGUACUGUGCCAAGGGCAGUUUACAGGACGUCAUUUGGAAUGAAACAAUUAAACUUGACGAGUAUUUUAAGCUUUCUCUAGUGGUUGAUAUUAUAAAGGGCAUGGACUACUUGCACACUAGUAGUAUCGGUUCCCACGGAGGUCUGAAGUCAACAAAUUGUGUCAUUGAUAGUCGCUGGGUGUGCAAAAUUACCGACUUUGGUCUUCAUAAAACUUUCAUGGGGGAGCGUCCUGACCCUGAUAUGACGGAACAUAACCAAUAUGAACGUUUAUUUUGGAUGGCGCCCGAACUGUUGAGAAUGAGGGGGCCGCCAUCUUGUGGAAGCAAAAAGGGUGACAUCUAUAGUUUUGGAAUAGUAUUUAAAGAGAUCAUAUGGCGCAAUGGUCCAUACACUGAGGUUGAUAUCCUUACGCCAAAAGAAAUUAUUGACAGGGUGAAACAUCCUACCGGUGAUAAGUUUUUCCGACCAAUAGCCAAACACAUUCCGAUAGCAGCUCCUGAUCUAGUGACAGAAAUCACCUCAUCUUGUUGGAAGGAAGACCCCGCUGCAAGGCCAUCUUUCAAUCAAAUACUCAAAAUUGUGCAUAAAUAUAGGAAAGGAACGUCAACAAAUAUUAUGGACAACAUGAUGAAGAUCAUGGAAAAGUAUGCCAACAACCUAGAAGAUGUAGUAGCUGAAAGGACGCAACAAUUAGAAGAUGAAAAGAAGAAAACAGAUUCUCUUUUAUACAGGAUGCUACCACAAUCCGUAGCAGAACAACUAAAACAGGGCAAAACAGUAGCAGCUGAAACUUUUGAAGAAGUCACAAUUUAUUUCUCAGAUAUCGUUGGAUUCACAACAUUAGCUUCUAACUCAACUCCUAUGCAGGUAGUAGAUUUACUCAACAGCUUGUACACAGUUUUUGAUGACGUCAUCACUCAGCAUGACGUAUAUAAAGUUGAGACAAUAGGUGACGCUUACAUGUUGGUAAGUGGUCUGCCUGUGAGGAAUGGAAGACAGAACGUAUACGAGAUUGCCAAUUGUUCACUGGAUAUUCUGAGUGCAGUCAUGGGUUUUACAAUUCCUCAUUUACCUCAACAGAAGUUGAGGGUCAGGAUUGGUGUGCAUACAGGUGCUUGUGUAGCCGGAGUUGUGGGUCUGACUAUGCCAAGAUACUGCCUCUUCGGGGAUGCUGUCAAUACAGCUUCUAGGAUGGAAUCGCACGGUGAACCACUGCGAAUCCAUAUCAGUCCAUAUACAUAUAACGCAUUGAAAGACAGCGAACAAUAUGAAUGCUGUUGCAGAGGGGAAAUUAACAUAAAGGGUAAAGGUAGCAUGACAACUUACUGGCUAGUUGGUCGUGAAGGAUUUGAAAAACCACUCCCUGAUGAAAUGCUGCGCAUGCGCAAGAUGAGCAGUUUUGAAAAACACUCACAAGAAGACUCAAAAGCGACAUUUGAAUUACCAUUUCCAGAUGAUUUAUUUGAAGUCCGAAAGAUGAGCGACAUUAACCUAAAUGAUAAAGUAAAUUCACAAGAUAAUGCACAUUCAAGCGAUGUAAUUUACAAUGGUACAUGCAAAGAACAAAGUAAAAAUGUAAAUAAGGAGCAUAAUCGCAACUGUAAUAUUGGAUACACUAAUAUGGGAGUUACUGAUGAGACGAGUUCGAACAAUCUUGUACAAUUGUAA